UAAUGUACGGAAGCCUGGUGGGGCAUGAAAUGAUCUGUUGUUCAAACUCAUGUGUGGAUUUUACAAUUACACAAUAAGCUGAGUCAAUAUGAAAUAAUUGGGCUCUAAACCUCAGUAAACAAAGGGCUGGAAAAAGUAAAAGGAAGAAAGUGUUGAUUCAAUGAAAUUCAAUUUAGUGGACAAAAUAAUUAACAAGACAAAUAUACACAGCAGUGCGAUUUAAUGGGUCGAGAGGCAACGUCAGACGAUUGUCCAGGAUUUAAUUUAAACACUUCACAGGAAGUAGAGGGCAGGUGGUCUCGGCAACAGGAAGUAAAAAGUCCGUCUUCUUACUCUCCUUUUUUUCUUCCAAAUGUAGUUUUCCCAUGACACCUAUUGUGUGUGUGUGUAGUGAAGCCGAAGCUAACGCGGUGAAGGGUGUCAAACCUGUCAUUCAGGUGAAACGCCCACAUACAGCACCUUGUACAAACACAGACAAAGAGUCAAAAUGCGCGGACACUGGGUCCUCUGCUUCCUGGCGGCCAUACUGUCCAUGGGGACCAUGGUGGUCAUCGUGGGUCAGAACCAGCAGCUGGCCAAGGUGCAGACGCUGAUCCAGAGGAAGGAGCAGGAGCUGAGCUUGUUGUCAGACCGGGUGGAGAGCCACGAGCUGCUCAUGUCCGCCCUCGGGAAACAGGACGCAGAGAUGGCGAAGGCAGUGCAGUCCCUGGAGAAGGAGGUUUCCCAAGUCCACUCAGAGGACGAGAGAAAUAAGAAGGAGGUCGAGGAGUGUCAGGCUGCUCAGAAAACAAUAAAUGACGAGUUGGCUGCAAAAACGAAGGGAAACGAGGACUUUAACGCUCAAAUGCAAUCAGAGUCCGAGGCCUGGAAGAAGGAGAUAGCUUCUCUUGAGGAUACGCUGAAGAAUCACAGUCAAAUUUGUAGUUUUGUGAACGAUGACCCAUUUGUUCAGAAAUUAUGUGGCAUUGUAGUCACCACAACCACGUUAGGCCCCACAGUGACGACAACAACGAUGAAAACUGGAUAAAAAAAAUCUCUGCAACUCCUUGACUUGUUAAUAUCUUUUGUUUUUGUCAAUACAGCUACCGGAGCAUACAAUGUUCUUAGUAUUUGUUGCAUAAAGUCAUUGACAUUAAAGUAUUUUACUGAAUUAUUUUGAUUUUUAUAUA